UGACAAUUCUCAUCCCUACUUUCUUCAUCCAUCUGAUGCACCAGGACUGGUCCUGGUGAAUACUCCUUUUGAUGGCAAAGAAUAUCCAGGAUGGAGAAGGCCUAUUCUUAUCUCUCUUUCAGCAAAAUAUAAGUUGGGCUUCAUAGAUGAAGCUUGUCCUGCUCCAGCCCUAACCGAUUCGACCUUUAAACUCCGGAGUCGCUGCAAUGACAUGGUAACAUCUUGGCUUUUAAAUUCUCUUUCUAAAGAUAUUGCUUCCAGUUUUUUUUAUUCCAGAACAACCAAAGAUCUUUGGUCAGAUCUUGAACACAAAUUUGGCCAGCCCAAUGGGAAAAAAUUGUAUCAUCACAAAAAGAAUUAGCAGAGCUAGUCCAAGGAUCUAGUGAUAUUGCUGGAUACUUCACCAAGAUGAAAAGGUUAUGGGAUGAGUUGGACACUAUAAACGCUAAUGUGCUUUGCACUUGUGAGCAUUCAUGUGAAGGAAAAAAGAAGAUGAUCUAGUUCAAAGGAGAUGAAAGGCUCAUUCAUUUCCUCAUGGGAUUGAAUGAUACCUAUACACCAGCGAGAAGCAAUAUUCUUACGCUUAGUCCUUUACCCACUGUGAACCAUGCAUAUUCUCUCUUGAUGAAGGAUGAAAAUCAAAGAGAAACCCAUCUCUCUUCUCAGUUUCCCGGAGAUAGAUGUUCUUUCAUGGUAGGAAAAUCAGCUAUCUCAGAAAUUCAACUCAACACUCAACCAAAAUCUGGAUCUGGAUUUAACCAUCAACAGAAGGCCGAAAAUACUUAUUUCAAAGGAAACACAUCUUACAAAGGAAAGAAAAGCAACCAAUUGUGCAAUUAUUGUAAGAUGACUAAUCAUACUAUUGAUAAUUGUUACAGGCUAAUAGGUUUUCCAGCAGAUUUUAAGUUUACCAAAUCCAAGAAAUUUCAAGGAACUGUGAGAAGCAACUCUGCAACUUCAAUGGAAGAACCAGACGAGAAUCAAUCUAUUCUUGUUGCCUCUGAGAAUCCUAAAUUUGCUCAACAACUCUCCACAAAUCAAUUCACUCAGCUUGUUCAUCUCUUAAAACAUAUUCAAGAAGGAAAACCUGUUGGAUCAGAAGUCAAUGCCAACUCAGCUGCUGGGCCCUUUCUUGAGGAGCCCUCAAGUUUUUGGUGAAGUCAAAGAUGGACUAUACAUUUAGAGCCUACUGGCACUCAACCUCUUGCUACAAAAACUGUAGUUUCAUUUCCUAAGAGAGCUAGUUCUCAUUCUGUUUCAGAUUCAGUAAUUUCAUUGCCUAAGAGAUUUAAUUCUCAUUCUAUUCUAGCUUCAGUUUCUAUUCCUAUUUCAGCUAUAUCACAACCUGAUGUAAUGUUAUGGCAUGCAAGAUUGGGGCAUUUGCCUUUCAAUGCAAUGAAAUAUAUCAGUUCCUUUAAUUUUCUUCAAAUUUUGAAUGCCCUUGCACUGUGUGUCCCUUAUCAAGACAGUCCAGAUUACCAUUUCCAAUUAGUCAUAUCAAGAGUAAAGGAAUUUUUGAUCUUCUUCACAUUGAUAUUUGGGGUCCCUAUAAGGUUCCUACUUAUAAUGGAUAUAAAUACUUUCUCACAAUUGUGGAUGAUUUUAGCAAAGGAACCUGUACUUAUUUGUUGACUGCUAAAUCAAAUGCUUUUUCAGUACUCAAGGAUUUCUUAUGCAUGAUAUAAAGACAGUUUAAUGCUAAAGUGAAAUUAAUAAGAUUUGACAAUACCCUGGAACUAGGGAGGAGUGCAGAAACUUCUUCAUUUUUACGAUCCCAAGAUAUUCUACAUCAGACUUCUUGUACAACCACACCACAACAAAAUGAAAUUGUGGAAAGGAAACAUAGGCACUUACUAGAAAUUGCAAGAGCCUUAAUGUUCCAUUCCAAAGUUCCUAUUCCUUAUUGGGGAGAGUGCAUACUCACUGCAACAUAUUUGAUUAACAGGUUUCCAUCUAGAGUACUGCAAGGUAACACACCUUAUGAACUCUUGUUUCAUCAGAAACCUUUAUAUCAUCAUUUAAGAAGCUUUGGAUGUUUGUGUUGUGCUUCUACAUUAUCACAUAAUAGAGGCAAAUUCCAGCCUAGAGCAAUUGGUUGUAUAUUUUUAGGGUACCCUACUAGACAAAAGGGAUACAAGGUGCUUAUUCUGGAUUCUAAGAAGGUAUGCACAUCAAGGGAUGUAUAUUUUCAUGAACACAUUUUUCCAUUUUCCUCUUUUCCUAAUACCAUUUUAUCUACCAUUUUUCCACCUAUCUCUUCUAUUUAUUCUAAUCACAUUACAAAUGACUCCAUGUUUUUUCCUUCUCCCACAGUUUCAGACCAACCCUCACCAGUUUUAUCUCCGGCUAUGGAAACUAAUUCCAUUUUUCAUCCUCAAACUACCACUACUCCACAUACCUCCACUAUUCAAGACC